AGUUAAGUUUUUGAAAAUGUUUUAUUAACCUCUCUCUCUCUCUACGCUUCCCAACUUUCCCCUCUUUCCGCUUUUCCUUUUUGCUAGUCUUUUUUAUCCAAGAAAAAGUAGAAUUAAUUCGGAGUUUCAUCCUUUAGUAAGCAAAGCCCCAAAAGUAAUGAGAAAGCAACAAAUGGGAUUUGAUUAAUUGUAGUGUUUAGUUUGUUUUAGCAUCUAUUUCCAUUCUGUGCUGAGAGAGGCGUGGUGGGUUAUUGCUUUCUUCAAAACCCAGUGCUUUAAACUAGCUGGAGAAUAAAGAGAAGUUCAAGAUUCUUCCUUUACUAUCGUAGCUACUGAAAAAGUUGUUAAAAGAUUUGAUUUUUAUUUUAAACUAAUCUUGAAUGCAUGUCAAGAAGAAAAAGGCCUUGCACAGAAAUGUAUGAUUGUUUGCAUUUCUGCUUAUCUGCUUAUUUCUUGAAUAUUUUUGAAGUUAGGCUUAGCUCUAUUGCUUGGACAUAUGCUUCAGAAUUAGUGUAAUUUAGUGUGAUUCUGUGUGUUGUGUGUGGGAAGGAAUAAGGAUGAUUCCUCUGUUCUUUUUAGUUGUGUGUGGUGAGGGUUUUGUGGCAUUCCUUUUAAUGGUGAAGAUUGGGCCAUUAAGGGAAUUGGUGAUGAAGGGUUUGGAUCAAGUGAAAAUGAGAAGGGGCACAGUUUCAACCAUUGCUGGCACUAUUUUUGUGAUUCUGUUAUCAGACUUGUUUAGCAUUGUCAAGAUUCAGAACAAGGGUUCUAAGCACGGGGCGAUGACGCCUAUGGAUCAGGUGAUUUGGAGGACUAACCUGUUGGAGGCUACUCUUAUGGGGUUCUCUCUCUUCCUCGGGUUUCUGGUCGACCGUAUGCACCAUUACAUGCGAAAGCUGACCAAGUUAAGAAGCAGCACCGGAGUUUCAACGCGAGAAGUUGAGAGACUCGAGAGAGAGAAGCUGCAGCUGAAGGAGAAGGAGGAGAGAGCUGCUGAAGAAGCCAAGCAGCUGCGGCAAGAGAUAUCCAGUUUGAUUGAUGAUUUGAAGAAGGUGAAGAUGGAGACAGCAGAGAAGGAUGAGCGGCUCGAUACGGCCGAAGCUCACGUGGUUGCUCUGCAGAAACAAGCCGCGGAUCUUCUGCUCGAAUACGACCGUCUGCUCGAGGAUAACCAGAUCCUCCAGAACCAGGCUCUUGGAUACCAUAGUUGAAAGUGAGUAGUUUGGGUGCUAAUUGGGUUUUUCUUGUUGUUUUGGGUAGGGGAAGUAGUGGGAUUUGGUUGGGGCUUGCUAGGUUUAGUAUACGGGGUCGUUUGUCGGGGGUCGUUCGUCGUAGAGAGUCGGGCCCGAGCCGAUUCGUUUGUCGGGGGUCGUUCGUCGUAGAGAGUCGGGCCCGAGCCGAUCUUGUGCGCACCUCGAAUAGCGACUGCGAGAUAAAGGAAAAGAGUGUAGAGCUUACAUUGUGAUAGUGUUGCAUCUCAACAAUUCUUAUCUUGAGAGUUGUCUUGUUUUUGUGUAUUGAAUUUGACAAGGCAAUUGAGUUGAAAAUUUGAUGGCAA